UAAACUAUGAUAGUUGAAUCUAAAAAUGUCAUACAUUGAAAUUUUCAAGUUUUUGGUUAUUCUUCUUGCUAUCUUAAUUUUACAAUUGCUAGAGGAUUAGCAAUUAACGAGAUAUAAUAUCAAGUAUUUUACAUAGUAAAUACAUUUCAAGAUACAAGUCAACUAUUUUCCUAGCAAUUAAACAACUUGUGUAAUAAAAAUAAAAGAUUUGGUAUCGUUCUUUACAGAUUCAAUAAACAAAGACGGGAAGAGCUAGAAACUUCAAUGGCAUGAGAAUGAGAAAUAAAAGGCAGAAAAAAACCAGAGGAGGAGAUGAGCACUAGGCAAAGAAAACAGGGGAUGGAGCUUAAAGGGAUGAAGCCCAUAAGCAACAAAAAACUUAGCCAUUUCCUCAUAAUUGCAUCCACUAUGCUCUCCCUUUGCAUCCUCUCUCUUUUCAAGGCUUGCUAUUGCCCUGCUCCUCAUGUGCAUAUUUCUAAAGAAAACUUGAAACUGCAAAAUGAUUUGAAGAUGGUAACAGAGGAAGAAGAUAUGUACUCCUUUUUCCAAGAUGACGAAGAUGACGAAGAACCUGGAUCCAAACCACUUAGACCCAAACCGAUAUGCUACGAGUCGAGCUUACGAUCAGACACCUGCGAAGCCAUCGGGGACAUUAGAGUCGAUUCGGGUUCAAGAACCGCAUUCUUGAAUACAUCUCGGCCAUUGAAAAUCAAACCAUACACUCGAAAAUCUGACUCCGUUCUGCCCUGGCCACCCAGUCAGCGAAUGACCUGCAGCCCUUUCCAUGACUUCUCCGACGUCCUAAUCCCGCUAUACCUCACUUCCCGCCACUUCCACGGGGAAGCACACUUCCUCAUUUCUGACGCAAAACCCUGGUGGCUCCACCGGUUCAACCGAAUCCUCUCCCGCAUGUCCAACCAUGACAUCGUCGAUAUCACACAGGACGAACAAGCUGACGUUAUCCGUUGCUACCCGAAAAUAACAGUCGGUCUAAAAUUCGAAACCGAGCUAGGCACGGUCGACAACCAAACGAUGUCAAACUUCAGAGCGAUGCUCCGACAGACGUUUAGGCUCAGCAGGUCUACGAUACGGUCAACUUCAGUCUCAGCCAACAACAAAAAACCGCGACUUCUGAUAAUAUCGCGAAGGCAAUCGCGAGCUAUUGCGAACGAGCCCGCGAUUGUGGCAAUGGCCAGGAUACUCGGGUUCGAUGUGGCGGUUGGCGAGGACGGUGCGGCUCGCCAGGCGCUGGCGAACGAGGCCGACGUGAUGGUCGGGGUAUACGGCGCCGGACUGAACAUGGUGUACAUGCCGGCAGGUGCGGUGGUGGUGGCAGGUAAUACCGUUGGGGGGCUGGAGUGCUGGCACGUGACAGGUAUAAGGGGCCCCGCAUUGGGUAUGGGGUUGAGGCAUCUGGAGUAUCUGAUCAAUGAUGAAGAGAGUACGUUGAUUGAGGAGUACAAGAGAGAUGACCCUGUGAUUAAGGAUCCUAAAUCAGUUCAUAAACAAGGGUGGGAGAAAUUGAGGGAGGUUUAUCUUGAUAAGCAAAAUGUGAGGGUGAAUGUGGGGAGAAUGAGAGGGGUGUUGUUGGAGGCUCUGAAGCUUCUGCAAAAAAAUUAGAGACGGUGUUUAUUUUU